UGAGGGAGCCGCGCCAUGGAGCGCGCUCCGGGAGACGGCUCCAGUCCCAGUCCCGUGGAGCCCCCCGCGGCCCCUCCGGACCGGCCCCCCGCAGCCGGCGGCGAGGGCGAGCCCCGAGACCCACCCGCGGGCGGCCCCGGCGCGGCGGGCGAGGCCCUGGCGGUGCUGGGCGCGUUCGGGCGGCGGCUGCUGGUGCUCGUGCCCGUGUACCUGGCCGGCGCGGCGGGGCUGAGCGUGGGCUUCGUGCUCUUCGGCCUCGCGCUCUACCUGGGCUGGCGCCGGGUGCGGGACGCCAAGGCGCGGAGCCUCCGCGUGGCGCGGCUGCUGCUGGACGACGAGGAGCGCCACACGGCCGAGACGCUCUACCUCAGCCAGCGCGAGCUGCCGGCCUGGGUCAGCUUCCCGGAUGUGGAAAAGGCGGAAUGGCUGAAUAAGAUUGUGGCCCAGGUCUGGCCUUUCCUUGGCCAGUAUAUGGAGAAGCUUUUGGCUGAAACUGUAGCCCCCGCUGUUCGAGGAUCUAACCCCCAUCUACAGACAUUUACAUUUACACGAGUGGAGCUGGGUGAAAAGCCAUUGCGGAUUCUAGGAGUCAAGGUUCACACAGGUCAGAACAAAAAACAGAUCCUGCUAGACUUGAACAUCAGCUAUGUAGGUGACAUCCAGAUUGAUGUGGAAGUGAAGAAAUAUUUCUGUAAAGCAGGACUCAAAGGCAUGCAGCUCCACGGUGUCUUGCGGGUGAUUCUAGAGCCGCUCAUUGGAGACAUUCCUAUUGUGGGAGCUGUGUCCAUGUUCUUUAUCAGACGCCCGACCCUCGAUAUCAACUGGACAGGGAUGACCAACCUGCUGGAUAUCCCAGGCCUCAGCUCACUCUCUGACACCAUGAUCAUGGACUCCAUCGCUGCCUUCCUUGUGUUGCCCAACCGAUUAUUGGUGCCUCUUGUGCCUGACCUUCAAGAUGUGGCCCAGUUGCGUUCCCCUCUUCCUAGGGGCAUUAUCCGGAUCCACUUGCUGGCUGCUCGAGGACUGAGCUCUAAGGACAAAUAUGUGAAGGGCUUGAUUGAGGGCAAGUCCGACCCCUAUGCCCUUGUGCGAGUGGGCACCCAGACAUUCUGCAGCCGUGUCAUUGAUGAGGAUCUUAACCCCCAGUGGGGUGAGACUUACGAGGUGAUGGUCCAUGAGGUCCCCGGACAGGAGAUUGAGGUGGAGGUAUUUGACAAGGAUCCAGACAAAGAUGAUUUUCUGGGCAGAAUGAAGCUGGAUGUAGGGAAGGUGUUAGAAGCUGGAGUUUUGGAUGAUUGGUUUCCUCUACAGGGUGGGCAAGGUCAAGUUCACUUAAGGUUAGAAUGGCUGUCGCUUUUGCCAAGUGCAGAUAAAUUGGAGCAGGUUCUCCAAUGGAAUCGAGGCGUCUCCUCCAAACCUGAGCCCCCGUCAGCUGCCAUCUUAGUUGUGUAUUUGGACCGAGCCCAGGACCUUCCUCUAAAGAAGGGGAGCAAGGAGCCCAAUCCCAUGGUGCAACUGUCCGUUCAGGAUGUGACCCGGGAGAGCAAGGCUGUCUACAACACCAACAGCCCGGUGUGGGAGGAAGCCUUCCGCUUCUUCCUGCAGAACCCUCAAAGCCAGGAGCUUGAUGUCCAGGUGAAGGAUGACUCCAGGGCUCUGACUUUAGGGGCGCUGACCCUGCCCCUGGCUCGCCUGCUCACAGCCCCAGAACUCACCCUGGACCAGUGGUUCCAGCUCAGCAACUCUGGCUCAAACUCCAGGCUUUACAUGAAACUGGUUAUGAGGGUCCUGUACUUGGAUUCCUCUGAAGUUUGCUUCCCCACUAUGCCUGGUACUGGGGACCUAGACAGCCAGAGCACCCAGAUAGGCAGCAGUGUGGAUGCUCCACCUCGACCCUGUCACACUACCCCCGACUCUUACUUUGGAAAUGAGAAUGUGCUUCGGAUUCACGUCUUAGAAGCCCAGGACCUGAUUGCUAAAGACCGUUUCUUGGGAGGGCUAGUGAAGGGCAAGUCAGAUCCCUACGUGAAACUCAAGCUGGCUGGACGAAGCUUCCGGAGCCGUGUCGUUCGGGAAGAUCUCAACCCCCGCUGGAAUGAGGUUUUUGAGGUGAUCGUCACAUCAAUCCCAGGCCAAGAACUAGAAGUGGAGGUUUUUGACAAGGACCUGGACAAAGAUGACUUUCUGGGCAGGUGUAAAGUGAGUCUCACCGCAGUACUCAACAGUGGCUUUCUUGAUGAGUGGCUGACUCUGGGGGAUGUGCCAUCAGGCCGCCUGCACUUGCGUCUGGAGCGUCUGACCCCACGUCCUAUUGCGGCUGAAUUAGAGGAGGUGCUGCAGGUAAACAGUCUGAUCCAGACGCAGAAGAGCGCAGAGCUGGCGGCUGCACUUCUCUCUGUGUACCUGGAGAGAGCCGAGGACCUGCCGCUCCGUAAAGGAACGAAGCCCCCCAACUCUUAUGCUACUCUCACUGUGGGAGAUACAACUCAUAAAACCAAGACCGUUUCCCAGAGUGCAGCGCCCAUCUGGGAUGAGAGUGCCUCUUUCCUCAUCAGGAAACCCAGCUCGGAGAAUCUGGAGUUGCAGAUCCGGGGUGAGGGAUCCGGGGCGCUGGGCUCAUUCUCCCUGCCCCUCACGGAGCUACUCGCAGCCGACCAGCUCUGCUUGGAUCGAUGGUUUACUCUCAACAAUGGUCAAGGACAGGUGCUGCUGAGGGCACAGCUGGGGAUCCUGGUGUCCCAGCACUCUGGCGUGGAAGCCCACAGCCACACCUAUAGCCACAGCUCCUCCUCUCUGAGUGAAGAACCAGAGCUCUGGGCCGGGAUGUCUCACACCACCUCCUCAGCCCCAGAGCUGAGGCAGCGCCUGACACACGGUGACAGUCCCUCGGAGGCUCCAGCGGGCCCCCUGGGCCAGGUGAAACUGACCGUGUGGUACUACAGCGAGGAGCGCAAGCUGGUCAGCAUCGUGCACAGCUGCCGCACCCUUCGGCAGAAUGGACGGGACCUCCCAGACCCCUACGUGUCACUCUUACUCCUGCCAGACAAGAACCGGGGCACCAAGAGGAAGACCUCACAGAAGAAGAGGACCCUCAACCCUGAAUUCAGUGAGCGGUUUGAGUGGGAGCUGGCCCUGGAUGAGGCCCUGCGGAGAAAGCUGGACGUGUCUGUGAAGUCCAACUCCUCCUUCAUGUCAAGAGAGCGGGAAGUGCUGGGGAAGGUGCAGCUGGAUCUGGCCGAGAUAGACCUCUCCCAGGGCGCCGCCCAGUGGUACGACCUCAUGGAUGACAAGGACAAGGGCAGCACCUAGGAGUGGGGAUCCACACAAACAUAGGCAGGAGUUGUGAGAAAGGGCACAGCAGGAGUGUAUUUCAAUCCUUUCUUAAAGAAAAGGCAAUA